AUGCGGUGCAGACUGGGUUUGCUGACCUCUGGAGUAGAAUUUGAAUCUCUGCCUGCAGCGCUGUCUCUGCCUGCUGAGUCUGGCCUGUACCCUGUUACUCUGGUUGGCGUCCCACGUACAGCCGGGAACAUUACUGUCAACGGUUACCACACGUCAGUGUUUGGUGUAACCAGUGAUUGCCUGCUGGAUGGCCUGCCUGGUGUGAAGACUAGCGGCUGUUUAGUGGAGGUCAUUCCCGCUCUUCCUCGCCUCCAGCUCCAGACGUCACUGCCACGGUCAGCCUACACACCUCACCCCAUGUCCAAAGAAGAGCUGUCUAGCUCCGUGUCUGUCCAGCUGUUCAACGGAGAGACGCAGCAGUUGACCAUCACCUUAGAGAACAUUGGAUCUGAGGACAUAGAGACUUUGGAGCUCACUUCUAAGAUUGUCAGCACCAAAGAAAAAGUGUUUGGGGAAUUUCUGAGCUGGGAGUUAGAUGAGGCAUUGUCUCACCUGCCUCUAAAGCCGGGCCAGUCUGUGACGCUGACUGUCAACAUCAAAGUCAAGCUCGACUUCUCCGGCCAGGAAAACCUGCUGCAGGACCUCAACGAUGAUGGAAUCAGUGUGACGGGCUUACCAAUCUCCAGUCCCCUCCGCCAAGUCCUCAAACCCAGGGCUGAAACCAAGCCCGUCGGCAGUGAGUCCAGCAAGGCUGAGUACAGCCACGUUAAGACUUUGGAGGCGGUGCUGAACUUCAAGUACUCGGGGGGAGCAGGCAAAGUUGAAGGCUACUACAGGGAGUUGUCUUUGGGUGUCCAUGUUGAUGUGGAACCUUCAGUGUUUUUCACCCGAGUCAGCACCCUCCCUGCUACCAGCACUCGCCAUUGUCAUCUACUGCUCGACAUCUUCAACCCAACAGAGCACGAACUCACUGUCAGGGCCAAGAACAAUCAGGACCUGGUUCUCCACGCCAGCGAAUGCCAGAGGAUGGCCAUCCAGGUGGACAAGUUUGACUUUGAGAGUCUGCCACAGCCGGACCAAGAAAGUGUUCGCUUCAGUAACCCCAAACAGCUGGAGGAGGAGCGACAGCACGCCCAAGGCUGUCAGAUCAACAGCAAGCUGGGCAUCUGUUGGAGCAUUCCAUCUCUGCGGCGCUGUGGAGAAGCCAGCGUUGAGGGAGUCCUCAAUCAGCUGGUCCUGGAGCACCUGCAGCUUGCUCCUUUGCAGUGGGGUGAGUCUCUUUUGUGUGCGUGCUUGCAUUUGUCUUCCUGCGAGAUUAAUGGUUGUGCUCACACGCCACACCCACAGUUGAAUGUUUGUGAACUCGAGCUACUGGAAAUUUACGGUUAUUUUGGUGGUUCCAUGACCAUCUCUCACCCAUCAGUUAAACCCAACGAAAGUACUGUAUGUGAGGGUGCCCUGCUUUUCCUUUACACCGGAGAUUUCUACCUUAGUAUCAAAUUCCAGGACGACAGCGCUGGACGAGAGCUUCCUUUGGCCUGGUUCACUCUGCCCAGCGUCCACAUCAGAGCCCUCGACACUCCACCACAGGCCGGGGCCUGA